AUGGAUUCAUCGCGUCGCGCCACGUCCAAGACUGGCGCAACAAGCAAUGGCACCACCACUACUAGAAAGACUAGUAACCGAACCAAGAAUGUAGUUGACUACGAUGAGAAGCGACAUCUCGUAGACUUGAAUGAAGAAGAUGACCCGCCCGCUGUUCCAAAUCAGGGUUUGAUUGAGCUCGAGGAGCGCGUCAACGACCUUGGCGAGUCCUGGGAAACUGAGUCUCUCUUUGAGGAUGCAUUGGAGGACCUGGCCGAGGACAGGUUCUUCACCGAUGAUCCAGAGGCUUGCACUCCAGACGAGGCCAUCAAGUAUCGCCAGCUCCUGCGGGCCGUAGGUCCUGAGGUGUUCUGCCAGAGGAGCGUUGAGGCCGGCCUCAUUACGGCCAAGAAGCUCCUCACGGCCUUUGGCAUCCGUCCCCCUGCGUUCCUAGAGGGCGCCGACGACGAGGCGUACUAUGGCCUGCUCAGUCUUGCCAUUAGCCGUGAGCUGUCCAAGCGGGCCAAGCUUCUCAAGUACAACACGAUCGACGAUGCAGUGGACCUCCUCCACAAGUCCAAGAACAUCAUCGUCCUGACCGGAGCCGGCAUCUCAACCUCGCUCGGCAUCCCCGACUUCCGCUCCAAGGGCACCGGUCUUUACUCCAAGUUGGAGCACCUGGGUCUUAGCGACCCGCAAGAGGUCUUUGACAUCAACGUGUUUCGCCAGGAUCCCACCAUCUUCUACUCUGUAGCGCGCGACAUCCUGCCCAGCACGGAGCGCUUCUCGCCCACGCACGCCUUCAUCGCGCUGCUGCAGGAGAAGGGCAAGCUGCUGACCAACUACUCGCAAAACAUUGACAACCUCGAGGCCAAGGCCGGCAUCCGGCCCGAGAAGCUGGUGCAGUGCCACGGCUCGUUCGCCACGGCGUCGUGCGUCAAGUGCGGCUACAAGGUGGUUGGUGAGACCCUCUUUCCCGAGAUCCGCGCCGGCGAGAUCCCCCGCUGCCGCAAGUGCGCUCAGGGCAGCCGCACAACCAACAACAGCAGCCGCAAGCGCAAGGUGCACAAGGACGGCUCGGAAAAGAAGGUGCGCCGCCGCCCGGGAGACUACGACAGCAAUUCAGACUCGGAGUUUGACCAUCCCUCCAACAACUCCAACUCCAACAACGACAUAAUCAACGGCUCCUGCGGCGUCAUGAAGCCCGACAUCACCUUCUUCGGGGAGCAGCUUCCCGACGAGUUCUCCAAGCGGCUGACGGAGCACGACCGGGACCUGGUGGACCUGGUCAUCGUCAUUGGCACGAGCCUGAAAGUGGCGCCCGUGUCCGAGGUGGUGCCCUUUUUGCCGCCCCACAUCCCCCAGAUCUACAUCAGCCGCACCCCGGUGUCACACGUCAAUUUUGACAUUGACUUGCUUGGCGACUGCGACGUGGUCGUGGCCGAGCUGUGCCGCCGCGCCGGGUGGGAAUUGGAACAUGAGAUGAUUCCUGAGGGGCAGGUCGUUGAGACGACACUUGCUGAGGGGUUCGCUAGCAGACAUCUGUUCUCUCAGGUGUACCCCCCACCGCCGGCGGAGGAGGAAAGGGAGAAGCUGGAGACGGAGACGGAGGUGAAGGGUGAGAAAGAAAAUGGGAAGGGGGGAGAGGAAAAGGAAAAGGAGAAAGAGGGGAGAAGGAAAAAGCCGGCUUGA